AUGAUGAAAAUCACUAUUUUCGCGUUAGCCGCCAUUGCGCUGGUCUGUGCUCUCCCUCAAGCACCACCUCCAGCUUCAAGCCAACAGGCACCCGUACAAAUUGUCAAACAAGACUCCGAAGUUGAUGUCAAUGGAUAUAAUUUUGAAUUUGAAACAAGUGACGGAACAUCUAGACAGGAACAGGGAGAAUACAAAAAUGACACUGAUCAGCAAGGACUCUCAGUGAAGGGUAGCUACAGAUACGUCGCGCCUGAUGGUCAACACAUUCAGGUCACGUUUGUUGCUGACAAGAACGGCUACCAGCCCUCCGAACACACUGGUGAUAACCAACAACAACAACAGCAACAGUCUCAACAACAACAACAGCAACAGCCACAACAACAACAACAACCACAGUUUUAA